GUUUUGCAGAGCGCACGGAAGAUAAAAUGCGCCGCGUCACGUCGACUCCCGACGCCGCGCGUCCUGCAUUCGAAUGUCGUCUGUUACCAGCAGCGGGAAUGUAACGCCGACUGGUCUCGAGAGCGGCGAGCGUGUUCUCCUACCUACAGGGUGUCGAGGAAAAUCGGAGCGACGCGGUCGGGCACGCGAUUUACCAGAAUUCAAGUCCGGGAGCCGUCACUCGGGAUAUCCUGCCUCGUCGCCGGAGCCUCGUUGGAGAGGAGGAGGAGGAGGAGGAGGUGGAGGAGAAGGGGACAGGGCCUGAAUCUGCGUCUCUCCGCUCGUCGCUGGAUCUCCUGGGCGCGCGCAUGACGUGGCGGGCGUGCGGAGUGUCACGGACGCUGACAAGUGGACGCGCGGCUCCGCGGGCCGAGCAGUCUCAAUCGCUCCGCGCCGCAAGCGAAUCGCCUCCCUUCGGGCGCGCGACAUGCGCCGCGAAUCGCUCUGAUUGCCACGCAGGGACGCGACGGCCGAGUCGGCUCAUCCGCCUGAAUUGAAGAGGAGGAUAUGGACCCAGAGAAUGUGGGCAAGGAGACCAUACUAAAAGUGACAGACUGGCUGCGCGGGAUUUGGGAGAUGCGACGGCGCGCCAGCGGACCAGUUCAACAAUGGAUCGACUCCAUCCCGUCGUCCGCGAGGUCGGAUGUGGCCACUGCGAGCGAGUGUCAAGAGCGUAGCCACGAGCGCAAACCGUCAACACCAACCGAGCCUAAGGACAUUCCAUUUUCUAAGGACUUGAAGCCUCCAAGCAUGACCGUAUCGGCGCCUAUCAAUGUUCCUAAUUCUCCAGCGAUGAAUACACCGGUGUUACCGAGCUCGCUUCCCCAGCAGAGACUGGCGCGAGACGCGAGCUUUCAGUCGGACAGCAGCCACUGCAGCAGCGUCGAGAGCUUGUUGGAGCUGCGAAAGGCGGACCCGGCUGCGAUACUGCUCGACCUUGGCUUCGGCGGUUCCUCGGCCAGUCCGCAGGAGAACGAUACAAUUUCUCGCAUUCCUAGAAGGUUCCUACAGCCGUCGUCGUUACGAGGCAUCGCCAUAGACGAGUUUAUUAAGCAGCAACAGGAGACCACCGAAUCUUUUGACUCGGUGUCUUUAGGAUAUAGAGGCCUAAUGGGAUCGCCAUAUGUAGCCCCAUCGGAAAUUGUGCAAAAGAUUAUGGAACGUUUGCGGGAGCACGACAGCCACGAACCUGAUACCAGUUUGUAUAAUUGCGACCAGUACAGUUCGUCGCAUCAAAACGGAAAACUCUCCGUGCUGUCUCCUGAUAACAGGCAGUUCCUGGAGCAGCCGCGUUGCAAAAGCCCCGAUAUGCGCAACAAGCGCAUGAUCAUAGGGCAGAAAUCAUUUGCUUUCGGAUGCGAUGGAAAUUUAAUCGAGAUAUCUGCCAGUGACUCGAAACUUACGUGCGAUACAGCAAAUGAUCACAACAGCUCAUUGGAUGCCAGUAAAUCCAUGGAAUUAAAGCAAUCGUCUCCGGAAGGAAGCGUAACGUUUGAACACCAAUAUCUUUCCAAGUAUGACAAGAAGCUGGCGAAACAAUUGUCGUUUGACGAUACUGUCGAAUUUUCCGAAACUGACCAAUUAUCAAAAGAUGAUCGAGAGAUUCAAAGUAGCUUAAAUAUUGCUCAAAGUGGCGCGAAUCUAGACGGUACGGAACAAGAAUCAGAUGUAACUUCGGAUACAACUUCUAGAAAGCAUGAAUUUUCUGAUACUCGAAGGGCUAGCGAUGGUUCGUGUGACAUUGAACGCUUAAAGAAUAAAACAUUAUAUGGGAGACGAUUUAGCGAUAGCGCAAUGCGCAUUGCUGAACGUCAAAGCAAGGAACACACGUUAAUGCAAAAGAGAAAAAGUUUCAAAAGACAGUCUAGAGUAUGUGAUACAACCGCAAUGCACUAUUGCGAUCUAAGUCCUAUUAGAUCUAGCAUUCCGAGUAUAGUAAUAAUAGAACCUAUUGUAGAUAACGAAGUAUCGAAUGAUGUAACUGAUAGUACACUAUUAAAUAUGCCGAAAUCCUUCGAGUCAACCGAGGAGAAAAGCGAUCUGGAGUUAAAAGUAGACACGGAAUCUUCGCUUAGUAAACCUAAUUACUUGCCUUCGCCAUCAAACGUUGGUGAGUCUAUCGACAGAUUAGAAACUACACAGGAGGAUUCGGCGUCGAGCGAUCAUUCUUGUACGGAAGAUAAACAAGCUUGUUGUUACAAAGGUAAAAUAUGUAAAGAUUGUAAGCAUGGCAAAAACUGUCCGGAUUGUUGUUGCCAAGUUAACAAACGGAAAUAUCGGAAAAAGAUGGAAAGGAUCAUGCAGGAAAAUAAGAGAUUGGAGGAUAUGCUAGCGAGAAGUAGGAGGGAGGUGGCAGAGAUUCGCGAUAUGCUUAGCAGUGUGUUAUCGGUCAGGAUGGAACCGGGAUUUUAGGCGGAUUAUUAAAACAGUUGCCGGUUUUGGUAAAACUGUCGUCUUGUGAUACAGGAGAAUGUGUGUAUUAGAGAGAAUUUUUAGAAUACCUUGUAGAAUUUUGGACUUCCUCUUUAACACUCUGAACUGAUCUAUUCUUCUAUUCAGAAAUCAAAUAUUUUCGAACUUCGUGUUUUAUAAGACAUUAACAAAAGAUAUUUCUACAACGUACGUAUUUAAGAAGGUCUUUUAACAUCUAUUUUUAUCCAAAACUAUGAAAAGAUACAGGAAAUGAUACACUUGAUUAUUUUUCUUAAAUAUUAAUACAAAUUCAUGAAAAUAUUAUAAAGUAUCAAUCUUUUUAUACAUUUGAAUUUUAUAUGACUCGUGUAUAUUUUUACAGAUACUUGACGCGAGUUAUGAACUUAAAAAUUUUAUUACAUUUUGAUUUUAACAUUAGCACACGGACCAAAAACAAGUGCAACAGACCUAUCAUAACAAUAUUUUGUUAAUAUUGGCAUAGGGGUACAUGAUGAUUAAGUUUGAAUUAUAUGAAGUAAACUUACAUCAAUUUAAAUAUAUAGAUGGUAUUUUGGGUCGAGAGAAGGUACUUUUGUAAUUGAUACUCGAGGUACUUUAGAACAUUCUUUUACUGAAUAUUACGUCGUCUUGCUUAAACUUUUACAUAAAUUGUGUCGCACAAAAUUUACAUUUUCAUAAAUUUUAUUUUAAUUUAGUCACUCAUGACAACUGACUUGAUGUCUUGCACUAUUUCAACUUUUCUCAUCUUUUAUCUCUUCUUAUUUUCCAAUCGUUACAGGGUUAUGUUAAAUCGUGCAUACAUUCCCGCUAUCAUAUCUCCUGACAUACUUGUUAAGUUUGAAAUAUUGAAUUAAUCCUUGUUACCUUGUAAUUAAAUUUGUUGAUUGAAUAUCUCUAGCUCGUAACUGAAAAAUAAUACUAUCAUAUGUCUUGUUCACGUUUUAUAGAAUUUUUCUGUAUAAAUUAUUUAAUAUUUUUAUACGUAUAGUGUAUAUGCACAAAAGGAAGCACGUGCAAGUUGAGGAAGCGCAAUCAGAGAGCGGUAAUGAAAGUUUGAUACUUUCGUCACUCUUUUUAACAAUUAUAUUUACAGUAAGCUUGAGAAAUGCUGGUCAUUCCGUACUUUAUACAGAAAGCACUUGAGAUCUAGUCUUCUACAACUACUGUUUGUACGGUGAUAAGAUAUUUAACUAUUAAUUCUUAAUCCUCUGCCUUUUCCUUUUACCGCAAUCAAGAUAACGUGUUCCCAAGAAAUUUCAAAGAAACAACUCGUGGUUUUGGGUAUCAAAUUACUGAGAAUUAAUGUAUGCUGCCAUAAUUGGAGUACUUCUUGAAUAAUCGUAUAUUUCCACAUAUCACAUUAUAGAUAUAGACAAUGUACAUUUAUUCAGCUUUAAUCUAACAACGGGAUCAGUAGUUAAUAUGCUAUGAGAAAUCUGCGAUUUAAUAAACCAAACGAAAGGAAGGGAUGAUCUGAUACAAAACAAAUAAUGCGAUAUGCUUGUUCUGUUGAGAUCAGCCAAGUGUGAAUUAUUUGAUAUUAAUGGCGGGACGCUAUACAAAAAUACACGUCGGGAAGGAGGAGAAAAUAUAUUUAAAUACAUUAAAUUAAUAUAUAUAUAUUGUUACGAAAUGUAUAUAUAAGUCUGUCCAUUUUUUACUUAAUGCUUAAAAUGCUAACAUCAAUUGGAAGUUUUUAUUUGAUAUCACUAAAUGCGGAUUUAAUUUUCCUUAAGUCAUAACAUCGUUGUUGAAUAAAGGGAAACGUACUUUAUUUUGUCAUCAUAAUUGUGUUAAUAAAAUCAUAAAAAAAUACAAAAUUAUUUAAAAAAGAAAGAUAAUUCAAUAGAAAUCAAAAGCUUUGGGAUGUUAACGUAUACGUAAUAAAGUGUCCACAGUAAACAUCCACAUUUGACAUGAUAAAUCAGUCUAUCUAUGAUAUAUUUUCCGAUUCCUUACACAAUAUCAAAUGAUGAAAUCCUACUAAGAUACAUAUUACUUAAAGUACGCAGAAAAUAAUUAUACAAACAGAAUAGAAGCAUUGUAGUUUUGUAGGUCAUUAAGGUACAAUGUACAAUUGUGGGAGAACUCAAUAAAUAUUUACCACAAUUGAA